AUGGAGAAGGCCUACUGGAAGUGUCCUGGUACUGCAUCACCGAAAGACGCCCUUUUCUUCAUUUCUGCCUUCAUUAACGCCUUCAGCCUGCUAUUAAAUCUCGGUGUGCUGGUGUUCCUCCUUCUAUUAAAAGGCAAACCCCUGACAUUCCUUAUCCAGGUUCGUGCUCUAGUUGGCUCUGUGGUCUUCUACAUUUUCAUCAGAACCUGCGACCGCGUAAUACCCAGACGCCUCUACCCUUCUGAUCCUACCUUGGCUUCGAUUUUAUGCCACAUAUGGACGAGCCGAUAUCUGUUUAUAGUUACAUACACAUUUACAGCCCUUGUACUGAAUUUCACAGUGGGGAACAGAGCAAUUCAAAUUGUCUGCAGAUACCAGCAUUCAUUCUCCACCUCUCGCAUUACCAACCUCGCAUACUUGGCUGGCAUGGGCCUAGUCAGCGUCAUCUGUAUGCUUCCCCAGGCGUUAAUAGUGGAGUGGAAUGGAAAAUAUUGUCGGUGUCUUGACACAGAUCUGCCUUACGGAGUUCUUGUGGCUCUUUACACUGAGACCUUUGUUCGAUUCGGUUUGACUGCUUUUAUCAGCACUACCAUCUUAAUUGUCUCCUGUUACAAAAUUAUCCAAUGGGUGCGUAGCACACGGGCUGAACAGCUUACGGACACCUGGAACAUUCUAGCUCUUCCCGGCACCACAAAGGAGCAGAUGGAGGCGUUUAGUCGACCGCAGGGUUGGUUGACUGCCACCCUCUGUACUGUACCACUUUCGGUGAAUUUCCUAGUAAUCAGCCUCUACGAAACUGGCCACAAGUUCAUUUGUGCUCUGGGGUUUUGCACAAUAACAAUGGACUCUCCACUUUCCAGGGCUGCUCGAUUUUUGCUUGACUUUCAACUACUCGUCCUACCGACCAUAUUCAUCGUCUACAUUCCGGCACUGCGAGAAUUAUCAAUGCAUGCCUGUCAAAGAGUCGUCUCAUUGGGUAAAAAUCUGUGCAAACGACAGCGAGAGACAUCUGUUGGUGGGCAACAGGACGCUCGAGUUCCCUAGGUCACACUUGCAGAUGGGAAGUGCAUUCUGGUUGAUGGUUUCUACCCUGCAUAGUGGAUAAACGUCUGCCUCUGAACUGUGGUUCAUGUCUGUAUCUUAUGCACAAGGGCCAUCCUCGGCAAACAGCUCGAUGCACCUGCACUUACGCAGACUGAAAGACAAAGAUUAUAUUAUUCACAUUGAAAAAUAAGUGCAUGUUUAAAACUUCAGUGACUGUAUUUGUUUAACUUGUAAUGACCAGUGGGUAAAAAGGGCUGUUGACUGCGCACCUCGUCGUUUCAAGGGACGGAGGAUGCAAUGCGUGCAUCUAGUAAAGUCCUAGCGAACUUUAAAUGAUAAUUGCAGCCACUCUAGGCAUGCUUAUUCGGCACAGAAAAGAUUAACCCAAAUAACCUGCUAGUAAUUCUUAUAGGCGUACUUACAGACUACUUUAUCACUUCGGCAAUUCGUUCCGGUGUGAUGCUUUUAUUCAUUUAUUUAUUCACUUACUCAUCGGAUGUAUUGCAGAAAUGCAGGCCAGUAGCUCCAAUUUAAGGGAACGAAGCAAAUAUGCGAAAAACUCUACUUUCGAGUGGACCAUGUAUCGGCACUCUUCCAGCCGCAUGCAACACAAUUUCAAUAGGGUCAAUUUACACAUGAAAGAUUUACUCUAACCUUGCUCAUUUGCGAUUCUUAGCAAGUUUGUUUUUCAUAUCCCUAGCUGUUGAGAUGCUUUGGCUGAAUAUUCGUUGUGUUAGUAGAUACCUGUUUAGAAUUCAGAUGCUGUGUGAUUCCACUUGAGAAGCCCGAAAACUACAAGGCUUUACCUUCGGCAGCAUAUGGUGGAAGUGGCAUGGACGAUUGCAAAUAUGCAAGAGGCGGCGGAGUUUCCUCAUUUGUUCGUCUAGCAGAGUGUUUGAGGUUGAAACACCCACAUCGAAUUCGGCGUCUGCUACUUCCUACCAGCCAGCGUAUUCUACAACUGAAUGAGGUCCACGUAGUUACUUGUGUUCGUUUUCGCCGAUUUAUUUGAAGUCGGCAACCCUUCGGUCAAUUCCGUAAACUGUAAUUGGGUUCCCUCGAGCAGGUGAAAGAUCCUCGAGUUUUAUCAGUCGGUGACGGCGUUUGGAUUGUGGCCAUAAGCAGUCUCCAUCGCCCUGGCAAAUUCUAUAUUGUGGUGGCUGGAUUCUCGUACACUGAAAAACCACUUGCUUGGUUAUUGAACGUAAGUUCUACAUAGCAAAUAGCGUUGACGGAGGCGAAGCAUCAAGUUGAAUGCAAUCUACCCACUUAUUUUGCUGAUCUCCCUUGUCCAAAAAUGGACUUGGUAGUGCAACUGUUUACGAUAUUACAGACACAUAGGCGUUUAAUAAGGAGGCCUUUUUAGCAAUGGCAACGAACGAAACUAUAUUUAGGAAGGUACUGAGACUCUGCUGUACAAAGAACUCCUGACGUGUUAUGGCCUGAUGGGUCACCCUGCUCGUAGACCCAGGACAGCUUCGGACACGUUUGAAGUUCCUAUUCUAGGUGAAGCAAGACGGCAAAUGACGGUCUCUGACACAUCUUCAUGGAUCUCACCACAGUUAGAAUUGUGCAUAACUGUAAGAGGUCGAGUAGUUGAGAGAGUCUUAGAUGACUUGCAACUUAACUUGUUUGUGCUUUGGAAGGCUUCCAAUAUUCGUGGCUGGCAGUAUGUAGGUAACAGAUGUGAACAAGGUCUCGAUAUUGAGAACGUAAUAAACUCAUUUGAUUGCAUCCAUAAUCUAUCAAACCCUUCCUCCGUCUCCAAACCUGCAGACAGGCGUUAAAGGCGCCAAAAUGGACAUUUUGUUUCCCCAGAAACACAAUAAAGUGUGUUUAAUGGUAGAGUGACCGGGAUGGCGGGGAUUUAACUUUAUGCCUCCUGACUAGGUCACUCGCGAAUGCGAGGUUUUAAUCCUCUUUCAUAGAGGAGAAUAGCUAGAGUCUGGCCAGUGAGAUCUUUCAAAUGAAAGGAAACACACACACCACGUUAUUGGGCGUCCAUCUGAAUCUAUUUGUCCUUUCGAGCAACAAUGCGAGGCCGUUGCUCUUGGCGACAUUAUGUAAGUGCGCAAUUUUUGUCGAUUGGACCCCCAUACAGCCCAUACAAGUCCACGCUAAGGCCUGAGGAGUAAUGGCAUCUGAUGCACACGAAGGUCUUCCCCCUCAGUGACUACGUUCGCUUUCCGCGAAUUGACCAUCUAAUGCGAUCCUGAUAACCGAGUCGGGGUUCAUCAUUUACCAGCAAGCACCACGCGGCAACACCCGAAGUUAUUUCUCUAUCAGCACCUUAGAUGGUAAUCUCAUAGCAUUUAACUCUCUCGCACUACGUUUCACCACUCAGUCUGUGAAAAUGUGAAUCUGGACAGCAAACGACAAGUUCACACUACUUGCUAAUUCACGAACUAGGCGUACAUUAUAAAGAUGAUACUACCACAACUGAUCUGAACGGUGCACCGAGCACACUGCCUUUGCCCAGUUCUAAGGUCCAGAUGAGGAUACUCGUAAAUUGCGACAAAUCCCAGUCAAUAAUAUGGCAUCCCAUUUAAGAUAGUUUACCACAUUUUUCUAUUUACAAAGUGGGUGAAAGGAUGACAUAACAGCAAUGGCUUAAAGAUCCUUACCUUAUGAUUUAAAAUGCAAUCGGCAAUUGUAACACUUUUACCUUAUACACUUAUUUAAUGCGUUUUCUGUGCAUUUAAAAUACAAGUUGUUCCGUUAGGUCCUAUUUUUACAGAAUACUUUUGGAGUAAGCGCUUCAGUAACGUGCUGUCAUUAUGAUAUGCGGGCGGGAAUAGUGUCUGAACGUAGGUGAUGACUUCCCUUUACUCGUGUCAUUUCAAGUUCUUAGAUCCAAAAUCUUGUUGCUAGAAUAACGAAGUGAGUUCUUUGUGACAACUUAAACAGGGACCCAAUCGGCAGUGCGUAUUUACCGGAAAAUUCUAUCGUCGCAAGCAGCGACUUCUACUAGGUACCCAUCGGGCUCAGCAUCGGCAUUGAGGCGGACUUGCGAGACACCUACCACUUUCCCUCGUAUCCCAUGCACCAGACUUCGGUGGCAAGACAAUAUCAAGACGGCCGGAGGUGGAUUCGAGCGCAAUGACUGAACAACUCAUCGUCUGGACGACACCUCUGGGCGGGCGGAAACACUAACCGUCUACUUCAAUCAAGCUAAGAAGCUGAAUCACUUUCAUGUCAGCUGCCUGCGCAGAUUACUGAGGCUGAGACAGGAUCGUGAACACGGGAGCCUCGGAACGGAACGGAAUCCUCAGAAUCCACACUAUGCUGAAGCAACUUCAGCUGCGAUGGAGUGGCCACCUCGUGAGGAUGGACGACGAGUGAAUACCCAAACGGUUCAUUUACCGUGCUGUAACUACGGGUGUUCACCGACAAAAAGGACAACACAACGCUACAAGGACACUGAAGAACUCUCUGAAACGACAUCAGACAAACCUGGUGACCUGAGCGAACCUUACCUAGAACAGACCAUUCAGGAGAAGGGCAGCGCAAACUGAAGCAGUCAUCUAUGAGGCCAACUGAAUUGCCACUGUCAAAGCCAACGGGGUAGGCGCCCAAUUCUCAGGUGCCCCUGACCCACAGCACAAACUUCUAACCCCUCCCGACAUGCCAGCACUGUCAACAAACAUUUCGCGCGAGGAUCGAACUCGUUGAACAUCUCCGGACCCAAUGCACCAGCUACCCGACGACCCUGACUUUUGCCUCCGCACCCGUCCCUGCUCCAACCGCCUCGGCGCCCACGACCGCGCCCACCCUCACCACCGUUGCUCCGAAUCCCCGAGCCUUGCCUCCGCCGACCAUCACCACGUCCAUGAUCUCUGCCGAAACCGCCGCAGCGACGACCACAACAACUACGUCUACCACUUCUCCUAUUGAUCGAAACGCUGUUGACACUACGUCAAUCUUCACCCUCACCUCUAACGAUGCGGAUUCCUUCCAGACCUGUCCUCAUUGCGAUCGCAAAUUCAUCUCACAUUUCGGCUGUGUCAGUCACUUGCGAAUCCAUCGACAGAGACUGGCCAACCAGUGCCUGUAA